AUGGCGCCUGUAGCGAGGAAGAGAGAGGCGCCGGGCGCCGAGAAAGAUGCUGGGGCGGAGAAGAAGUCGCAGGUUCGCCCUGGUCGGAAACGGCAGUGGAGGAAAGAUCCGCGUCUGGUGCGAGGGAGCGUCCGGGAGGGACAGGGUUUUGCCUUUUGGAGAAAGCAAAAGAUCCAACGUGACUACAAGAAAUUGCUUAAAAAGGAAAGCAAUGCCAAUUCUCAGAAGAACAUUGGGUACAAAGAAGAUUACCCAGAACACCUGAAGCAUCUUUACUUAGCUGAAGAGGAAAUGCUUAAGAAACAACGGAAGCCUAGGACUGUUCGCCCUUCUGUACCAAAAGAAGAGGAAAUUGCAACCACAAAAUGCAACACGGUUCAUCGAAAAUUUAAAACGAAAACCUCAAACCAGAAAGCAAAAGAAGAAUAUGAGAAAAUAAAAGCCGAACGAGAGAAGAAAAAAGAGGCAGCCAUAAAAAGAAGAGAAGAAAUAGAAAAAGCUCAAAAGCUCUACAAACAGAAGAAAAUGGAAGCUUAUAAAAUUUUAAGUAAAAAGACAAGAAAAGGACAGCCAAAUCUAAACUUACAAAUGGAGUACCUCCUUCAGAAAAUACAGAAAAACCCAUAAACUCAUGGUUUUUUAUUACAGGUGCAAACAAAAAUGAGCCUUUAAGAUUAUAAAACUUGUUAUCCCUCCUCAGUAUUGGAAAACCUGAUAUUAGAGAAUUGGCUCUUGGGAAAGUGUACAAAAUUAUGAUGAAAGUAUUUUGAGGGUACCAGAAUAAAAUCUGUUUUCAAACUA